AUGCAAAUAUGCCAUGGACGUCGUAGAUGCAAUCUGGCCGCAGAUGCCAAUACAUUUGGUUCGCCAUGUCAACCCAAUUCUCGGAUGUAUCUGAAAGUUGUUUACACUUGUGUGCCGAAACAAGUGCUCAUGGAUCGCUACGAAACAGAAAUUGAAGCUGAUGAACCAGAAGACUUCGAGGGCGAUGUUAAUGAUUUGUACGAUGAUGAAUUGUUUUACAAGGAGUCGGAGGCAAUUCCGAAGCUGUACAGUAACACCACUGUUCCGGCGGCACGCAACAAUGCCAGCAUUACUCUGAAUGGAACCUACAAUGCAGUGACAAGUGUUAAUAGAGCCAAUAAUGCCACACUGGGUAUGUUUGAGGGUGAUAUGGGCGGCGUUAAUCCCGUAAUGACACACAGCGCCGACAUGACUCUGGAAGACGACCAGGAACGAUUGUUUGUUUAUCUGCUGACUGCUGGUUCGUUGGGUGUCAUACUCUGCAUAGUUGCGAUUGCGGUUAGGCUAGUGGUUCUCAAACGUCAUGAUAGUGCAACUGACACUCAUUCAACUUCGUCGGGCAAGGGAGGUCCGGUCACUGGUGCCUGCUCCGGGGGCAUUGCGGGCGUCGAAGGAGUCGCUGAGACUACAAUACCGAACGGUUUCAACGACACAAUUUCCGAAGUAGAUGCUGACAUCGAUUUGCAAACGCCAAUUCCGGUGCCAAGUGUGUCAAAGAACGAGAAUUACAUUAGCUAUGCGCCUACUACAAAUCUUUACGGUACAUUGGGACCGGGCAACACUCUACUGACGCAUACUAAUACAACGGGCAGCAUAGGUCCCGGUAUGAUAAGCAAUACCACAAUAAUGUGCGGACCACGACAAUCGCCGGAUAUUUUAGGUAUAUCUCCGCAAUCGUAUGCACCCACCAGCUGUACAAAUACCGGAUCAACAACAAUUGGAGGUAUACUGACACCGGCAAUCGUAAUAGGAGCUGGCGGCGCAACUGUUGUCAGUUCCGGUAGUAAUGUGAUAGGUACCGUAGUUCCCAUAACUUCGCUGGCACAAUAUACCACUGCCCCAACAUUCCGUUCAGGUUAUAUCCUGAACAGCGACAAUGUGCUACAGAGGCCAGGCAACGCUGCCACACCACCAACGUCGUUAGCAGGUGGUGAAACAACAUACCUAGGACAUCAGUAUCAGCAACAACAGCAGCAGCAGCCUCCAUUGUCAAUGCAAACAACCAGCGGUGGUGUUCUAACGCCAGCAACAGCCACACUGAGACGAAUGAAACAAUCAACGCCCGCGGCUGCGGCCACAGCCUCACCCCCACAUGUUCUCCAACAAUCAAUGGUCUCUGGAUCAAUAUCAACGUACGAUGGCAUACCACCCCGCACCCUCUCGACCGGAAUGGCAGUGAAUUCACAAUUCUAUUACGAAUGACAGAACGACCUAGAACAACCAAAUGAAAACAACAGUUCCGAGUACACC